AUGGGUAAUUUCUCUCUCUCACCUUCGCCCUCUCUCUUUAUCUAUCUAUCCGUCUAUCUUUGUCGUUUCUAUCUAUCUAUCUAUCUAUCUAUCUAUCUAUCUAUCUAUCUAUCUAUCUAUCUAGGUCUGUUUCUUUCUAUCUAUCUAUCUUUUUUUUGCUACAGUUCUGUUUCUAUUUAUCCUUCUCGUCUGUUUCUAUCUAUUUUUCUUGGUCUGUUUCUAUCUAUCUACUUAUCUCUCUUUCUUUCUUUCCUUUUUUUCUUGGUCUGUUUCUAUCUAUUUACUUAUCUUUCUUUCUUUUUUCUCGGUCUGUUUCUAUCUAUCUACUUAUCUAUUUCUUUUUUUCUCGGUCUGUUUCUAUCUACUUAUCUUUCUUUCUUUCCUUUGUCUGCUUCUAUCUAUCUAUCUAUCUAUCUAUCUAUCUAUCUUUCUUUCUUUCUUUCUUUCUCUGUCUGCUUCUAUCUAUCACUAUGUGUUAACAAUAUGGCUGCUCCUUUGGUUGACUCGAAGUUGAUAUUUUCUGGCGAUAAUCUAUCACGGUUUUAUAACAUUCCAUAUAGCACUUCAGUCGGAAAUGCAGUCGGAGGACUCUUCCACUACCACCAGAUGGCGUUCACAAGUUAUCUCCCCUUGGAAAGCAUUUUACCACCUCCCCAUCCAAGAUUAAACCAAGAGUGUUGGCCACUGUCUAAUCAACUUCAUGUUCCAAUGUCGCCAAUCCUCAGACCCCCAGGUUCAUUGCCUGUCCCUUUAUCCCUGCCCCUGGGCAACAGUGGAACCCGCCCAAACUACUACGAACUCCAGCCGGUGACAAAAGAGGACUACAAAAAAGAGAAAAAGCUCUUGUUGUACUCAUCCAGACCGUGCUCUCCCAAACGUUGUGAAUCUCCAGCGUUUAACUUCCGCUACAUGGGCAAGUGCGUUGAACUGAUAGAAGAGGCGAAAAAGCAGCGUAGACAACCAAUAAAAGCCGAUCCGGAAAUUGACGUGACGACAGUCGAAGAACCUUUCGAAGCCAAAAACGGGGUCGGAACCCCGGCAAACUCUUGUGGACUUUUAAUGGAACAUCAAGACAUGGUCGAAACGAGAAGAGCGACUGUGGCUUCUCUCGAUGCGCAUUCAGUCCAUUUACAAAGACUGAUGCCCGUCAAAAGUGAAAUCCAUCACCUGCUGAAAUACCAAGAACUUGAUAGGCUACCCGACAACAAACAGGGAGAGAUACGGAGCCUUCACAGUUUUCACAGACAAUUGCUAAGAAACCAACACAUCCGGCAUAUAGAGGGUCUUCAGCAUAUAAAGACAACAAAAAGAUUUUACAAGCAAAGUGUAUUAUCAGGCCUAAAAACCCAAUCAGACGAAAGAAAAAAUCAAUGUGAGAAAUGCUUGAAAUGGUUCCGACGGAGGGACCAUCUCAGGGAUCACAUGUACACACAUCAAGAGAAGAAACCAUUUAUAUGUGACGUGUGUGGCAAAGGCUUCUGCCAAUCUCGAACUCUUAAAUCACACAUCAGUGGUCAUCACCCUGAACGGUUACCGAACUAA